CCUAGAGCGCUUAGCACUAGGGUUUCCCUCACCGCUUAGACCGCCGCCGCCUCGGUGCUUCGUCAGUGCGGAGUGUUCGUGCGAAGGCGAUCCUCCCUCCUCCGCCGCCGCACUCCCUACCGCCGCCGCCGCCAUGGUGAAGUACUCGCAGGAGUCGGGCAACCCUACCAAGUCGGCCAAGGCCAUGGGCAGGGAUCUUAGGGUGCAUUUCAAGAAUACAAGGGAGACAGCUUUUGCACUUCGCAAGCUGUCUUUGACCAAAGCUAAGCGGUACCUUGAGGAUGUUAUGGCACACAAGCAGGCAAUUCCCUUCCGGAGAUACUGUGGGGGUGUUGGUCGCACUGCACAAGCAAAGUCUCGCCACUCAAAUGGACAGGGACGCUGGCCUGUUAAAUCAGCCAGGUUCAUUUUGGAUUUGCUGAAGAAUGCUGAGAGUAACGCUGAUGUGAAAGGCUUGGAUGUCGACAACCUCUAUGUUUCACACAUCCAGGUGAACCAAGCCCAGAAGCAGAGGCGCCGCACAUACCGUGCUCAUGGACGCAUCAAUCCUUACAUGUCCUCACCUUGCCACAUUGAGCUGAUCCUGUCAGAGAAGGAAGAGCCUGUGAAGAAAGAGCCUGACAACAUUGUCGCACCAAGGAAGCAGUGAAGUAUGCUAACUUGCUGAGCGAGAGGGUAUUUUGUGGAAGAAAUUAAAUAGCUUUAGCUCGUUUAUGUACUUUUUAUGGCAGCCUUGCCUAAAGAUAUUUGCGGUACCAAUAUUUUUGAAUCUGGAUUUGCUCAGCUUGAUGCUGUCCUGAGUGUACGAUCAAUUCCCAAUACAAUAGGUUUGAUAUAUCUGGGCACCUGUCUUUGUGACCCAUUGGAUCUACUAGAAUAUUAUUUGCACGCUUA